GCAAGCGUGAGUUCAUGGGGUGCAUCUGCGUGCCAUCCAAGCCGGGGCUAUACUCAGGAUCCUGGCCCGGAUAAACCUCGUCCCGACGGAGCUGUGCAGUGCAUCCCGAACUUUUUCGGUUGCCAUACAUUUCGCUUCACUAUCAUGCCAUGAGGGAAGGGCUCUUGUUCCCAGUCAUCUGUUUUGCGUGCUACUAAGUUGCAUUCUAUCUAUAUACCCUAAUUCGCUCUGCAUCUUUCAUCUCCCACCCUCUACCAUGGCGGAGUCCUCCAAUUCCGCUGCGGCCUCAGGCCCGGCCCAGUCCGCGGCGAACGCUCCCAAGGCUCCCAACCCGGCCUUCAGAAUGCUCGGCAUGCCCAAUCUCCGCAUGAAACUCCCUUCCCGGAACUGGAUGAUCUUCUUCACCGUCACCGGCUCCUUCGCCGCGGCUGUAAUCUACGACCGUAAAGAGAAACGUCGCGCGCAACGCAAAUGGGGUGACCUUGUCGCCCACCUCUCCAAAGAGACUCUCCCCAUCGAGCAAACCAGACGCAAAAUCACUGUCUUCCUGUCCGCACCCCCAGGCGACGGUCUCCGCGUAGCCCGCGACCACUUCAAGGAAUACGUCAAGCCGAUCCUCGUCGCAGCGGCACUCGACUACCAAGUCAUUGAAGGCAGAAGAGAAGGCGAUAUCCGUGCUGGCUUCGCGGAGCGCAUUCGCAAGUUCAGACGAAAGGCAGGCGAACCCAGCACCGUGGUGGAAGAAACCAAUGUCGAGACCAUUGUCAUGAACGCCAGGACGCAGAUGGGCGUGACGGAGGAGCCCGGUCCCAAGGGUGACCUCAUCAUCGGUCGUCACACAUGGAAGGAAUACAUCCGUGGUCUGCACGAAGGUUGGCUGGGACCUUUGGAUCCUCCUCCCCCUCCCCCUACAGAGGAGCCCGCUUUCACCCCCGACGCUGCGGAAACAAGCCCUGCCCCCGAAGGCACACCCGCCACGGAGACCCCGUCAGAGAACAAGCCAGAAGGCGACGCCAACGCCCCCGAGAAGGAAAAUAAGGACGAAAAGCCCGCCAAACCCGUCGGCCCAACACCAACCUACCUGUCUCCCACCGACUACUCCUCACAACCCCUCCCCCCGACUCUUCCUCCAUCCCUCGAAGGCUCCGUCCCCAUCGCCUUCCCCCACCUCCUGGGCUUCCUAAACACCCCCAUCAGACUCUACCGAUACCUCAACCAGCGCCAUCUCGCUGAGAGCGUCGGCCGUGACGUCGCGGCCAUGGUCCUCGCCUCCUACAGCCGCCCUUACACCACCGGCUCCUCCAGCGCCGACUCCGCCUCCGACUCCCCCAUCGCCACCGCCGACGACACCCUCGGCAUCACCUACGAACAACAAACCAUCCUCGAACACGAAGAAAAAGAAUGGCACAAGUCCGUCCACCGCAAGGACGAAGCCAACCCGGACAAGGAACGCGAAUGGCUGAACGACAUCGUCCUCGACCCCCGCAUCGCCUCCCGCAUGCACCGCUACACAAUCUCCCCGGAGGAAGAAGCCCGGGCUCAACGUAUCUUCGACGGCCAGGAAUACAUCCUCGGCGAGGAGCGUCCUGCCCCUGUCCCCUUCUGGAAGCACAUGUGGGUUAAAUACGGGUACGGCGAAGACGAGGAAACUCUGAAGAGGAAGCCUAUCCUCGGUAACCUCGACGAGGAGUAAGUAUUCGUUUGAAUAUGAAGUGGGGACAAGUCAUCAUAAAUAGAAAUUAGAUUUCUCUAUCUGUGUCGGGUUAUGGGUAUAUAGACCACAUCUAUGUCUGCCUAUUUCUUCCUUUCUUUCUUUCCGUCUGUCUGGGUGAUACGAAUCAUUGCAUGGGAAACGUGUCUAUUCGGUUCGGUUCAGUUGUAUUGUUCUAUAUGUACUAUCAUCUCCUUUUCACUGUAUAUUAGUCCAAUUCAAGAUACUCUUGAACAUCG